UCUCUCAUCCCAUGUUGACGGACAUUGUUUUUGAGAGAACAUGCUUUGUUAUGACUGACAACAAGCAACGUGUGGCUUCAAUUUUGGGAAAGAGAGCACAUGAGCUUCGAAGAAAAAAGAAAAGAAAGAAAAACCAAAAGCAAUUGUUACCCUCCAUGAUAGAAGAGCAUAUUCCUCAAACGUCCAAUGCCGGUGACGGGAGUGAUUCGAGUGUGUCAACUGCUCCUGUGUCCAAUUCAGAAAGCAGUUCAGUAACAACAGACCAUAUUCAACAAGAGUUCUCGAAAUCACUCGAGGCAAAUAUUGAGACAUUUCCAAACGACCCUAAUUUACUUAAAUCAAAAAUUCCUCUUACCAUUACUCCUGUAAUGCCAUUGCAAACACAUGAUACUUUCGAAUAUGAUGAUGACAAUAAUUUUUCAAACAAUCCUGAGGAUGACUACGAUCCAAAUGACGAAUAUGACGAUAGUACUGAUUCUAAUGAAUAUGAAUAUGAACCUGAAGAUACUAUUAAUGAUGAGAUGCUUUCAACCUUAGAAGAAGAGGGUAAUCGAUAUCUUGAAAAUUUAUUAAAAGAGCUUGAAGCAAGACAACGUUUAGCCUCAUGGAGGAAGGGACAACUGUCAUCAGAAAUUCAACAUGGCACGUGGCUGGUAGUAACAGUUGAUAAUCCGUCUCAACUCCUGUCGAUAGCAAAUUCCAAACCUCAUUGGCAAGUAUGGGAGUAUGUUGUAAAGAGGUUGGCUUCCUCGUAUCCUGAACUCGAGAGCUGGCUUGAUUUUCCAUUCAAUCCUCCAAUGAAAUAA